CAAUUGGUUAUUUUCCCCUUUUCAGAAAGACCAAUCAGCAAUGAUCAUCACGAGGCCUCCUUUGGUCAAAAGAUAGAAGAAUUGCACUUGAGCUUCAAUGCGAAUGCGAAUAUGUAAUGCAAGUCAGAUACCAUCUCACCAUCUCACAUACCUACAUCAUACCUGAUCCACGCAUGCAGGUCAAAGAAGCUUGUCUGAGGCUUAGUCACGUCUCGAUUAAUUUCAGCGUCCAAUCACAAGCCCUCCUCAGCCAAAAGCUCGCUUUCGCUUUCGUUAGUUUGCCCACUUUGGGACUAGGGCCUGAAAGCUGGGAUUUCGACUAUGGAACGCCUCACGCCGUCGACGACGACACACAGCAUGCUCCGCCGCGCAGCCUGGCUGAGGUCCUUGUCAUUGGACAGAAUAACGAGUGAGAAUAUAGCAGGGUCGCGAUCUUGGUGCUUCAUAUUCCUUCGUGUGGAGGUAGGUAUCGGGAUAGCAUGCCGUGAAAGUUAUAUAAGGAGGUAGGUAUGCGUAGUCUUGGCUCGAGAUGUAGCUCAUUGAAUAUCGACAUCCAUCUCCAUACCUCUCUCUUCGUUAUAGAGAAUUCAUCUUAUAUAUUUAUUCACUUGACUUCGACCCAUUGUAGCUUGGAAUUGCUAUACCGUCCUCGAACGACCCUCAACAUGGAGAUCACCGUGCGCAACGGCAUCUCCAUUACCCAAAUCAUACUUUAUGUACCAUUCCUCGCAGUUGCUACGCUUCUCUGCGUACGACACGGUUUCGGACAGAACGCAGGAUGGCUAUUCCUGUUCUUAUUCUCGCUCCUGCGCAUCAUUGGCGCGGCGUUACAGCUCGCAGCCACAGCUCAGCCAGAUAAUAUCGGCUUGUUCUUCGGCGCCUUGACCCUGCAAGCCAUCGGACUCACAGACUUCAUCGUCAUGCUGCUAGCCCUGAUCAACAGGGCAUGUGAGAGUGCCGAGAAAGCCCGAAAUGUCCUCGUCAACCCGCGCGUCCUCUACUGGGCACAAUUACUCGUCUUCGUGGCCGUGAUUCUCGGCAUCGUUGGCGGUACGACAGCGGGCAGCAACUAUGCCGACACAGGAAUGUACAAGGCGUCCUCCGUGUCGCAAGCGAGUAUCGGGCUCACGAUAGCCGGUUACGUUCUGUUGGUCAUCGCAACAGCGCAGCUGUUAUUCAGCAUCUCGCACGUCGAAGCCGGCGAGAGGCGCUUAGUUCUGGCCAUUGCCUUUUGCUUGCCCUUUCUCCUCGUUCGCCUCCUCUACCAGGCCAUCGGCACCUUUGACCGGCAUUCUGCGUUCAACAGCGUGUCAGGGAAUGCCUACGUCUUUCUGGGGACCGCCGUCAUUGAGGAGAUCAUCAUCGUUGUGAUUAUUGAAGUGGUUGGUCUGACACUCCAAGUGCGUCCAAAAGCCGAUACACCUGCCGGUGGCUCACGGCCUCUGGGGCGCUUGUACGAUCGUCUCAAGGGACGCUAUGAUGCUAUUGAAAUGCAAGGCGUGGGACAACAUCAGACCCGGCGUCAGGGCCGGCGUCAGGGCCGACAUGAACGACGAUAUGAACAACGAUAUGGCCCCGUUUCUGGGGUAUGAUGUGGGCAGUGCUAGGAUGAUGGAAGUUGAAAAGUUUCUGGGGGCAUGUGUAAGAGUUUUUAGGAAUUAUUGCGUGAGGCGUUUAGAUGGAUACCCAACUGGUCUCUUUUGUUUUGUUCGCUGGACAUAAAAGCACGACGCGAAUAUUAUUAUAUAUUACAUGUUUUAGAAUAAAUAGAAUUUAUACAAACAUGGAAUGGAGGAAAAAAACAUGUGAGAAUCACAGCAUAUCCAUAGUGAGCUCUUGGUGAAAAUGGGAGCGUUUAGGCAGGUGAUUUUUUUGGCGGGGUAAAACUUAAUCACACUCAUGGUGGGAGGGAGGUACUGACUCUUGGCACGUAACGCUGAAUAGUUCGCCUAUCCAAAGAUUUCCCCUUCACCUCAUUGCAAGAAACAACGCCUUCUCCUAAUCCCUCUGCGUGAGCUUUAGUUUUAAGCCAUGCCGGUAUGACUUCCCAUUACCAGAGCUAUUCUAUACGAAUCAGUGUUAACCCAUCGAAAAGCUCAUUAUAGUCACCGGAU